AUGAGCACGCUGGACGUACAGGCUCAGGAGAAGCGCCGCGCGCCCGAGGCGCCAUUCGACGAUGAGGACGCGGAUAUCGUCGUGCGUUCGGAGGACGGGGUGGACUUCAGGCUGUACAAGGUCGUGCUCUGCAAGUCCAGCCACGCAUUCCGGGAUAUGUUCGCUGCUGGCAGCGCACCGGUCAACCCCGACGAAAUGGACGAGGGAGGACGACCUGUCGUACGCUUGCCGGAAUCGGCACGCACUCUGCGCCUUCUAUUCCGUCUCAUGUAUCCCGUGGCGAAUGGGGAUCUAUCCGAUCCGAACGACAUCCGCGCGCUGCUCACAGUGCUUGACAAGUACUGCGUAGAAGCAUUCUCGUCCACGGCCGAGGAGCUACUACUCUCGCACGCGGAACGCUCUCCCGAGUUCGCGUAUGCGCUUGCGGUCCGCUUCCGGCUCCCGACAGUGGCAAAGCGAGCGGCGCAACUUACGCUGCGCAAGCCUUCGGGUCUGGUCGUGCUGAGCGAGGAAGAUGCAUCAUUCAUUCCGGGCCUGCUGUACCACCGGCUGGUGACCUUCCAAAAUAAUGCCAUAUCCGUCGCGGCGAAUACGGUGAAAACCUUCACCUGGCCGAGCGUGGACCGGCCUGCGCCACCGCCUGCGCUGCCGAGUGAUCUUUGCGGAUGCAGGCGUCUCGGCUUUGUCGGUGGCGCGGGGAAAGUCGAGAGCACCAUGCCCUUCUGGUUGAUGGACUACCGGACAAAGUGCAUCGCCGCGUUGCAGAAGGCGCCGGUCGGCUCCGUCGUGCUGGAACCUGAACUACUGUUUCAGACUUUGGGCAUGUAUGCGCAGCCGAGCGUUUGCAGCGAGUGCGCGAGGAGGAUAUCGGGGCCGUUACACACGUUUUGCAGGACGUUGGCCGCCGAGAUUGAUCGUCGGGUUGGCGAGAUCACCCUGGAGCUCGACUGA